CAAACUAUCCACUGCCAGGGUUUCCCCUCCAUUUCUAUUACUGAUCAGAUGAAAUGACCAAACUCGGGAGACAAGAAGUCAGAGUACUUAGACACCAUAACCAACAAUACAGACGAGCUGAAGGCCGCUAUCAAAGCAACCUGGGCUUCCAGAACACCUCAGCAGUGCAACAGGCUGAUUGCCUCCAUGCCACACCGCAUUGAUGCAGUAAUUCGUGCAAAAGGAGCUCCGACCGAGUACUGAUGCUGUAAUGAGAGUGCAUGUAGUUUGUAACAGUCCUCUCGUAUGCUCCUAUACCUGAUCAGAUCAUCCAUCUUUAAUAAAACCACAAGUACACCUCUGGCUGUUCAAUGGCAACACGAAUUGAGCGUCUCGCCCGGCCUAAUCCCAACCUACUUAAAUUCCCUGACAGGCGCUCCGUAUACUGGUUGGAUGAGCUUCCAGCAAAAUCAGAGCGGCCCACUACUGUCUUUGAGCUCACAUCACGUUGGUCCCAGCCGUCAGAGAGGAAAAAGAUUAGUACUCACUAUGAAGACAACAGAGAGUCUCCCGAGUGGAAGGUGGGCGCAGCCACGUUAAAGGCUAGUCCCUCUGAAAGAGUGUGUUCACUCGCUCGACCCCGUCAGCCUGCAGUCGGCUGGCAGCCUGAUCGCCCCCUAUUGACCACAUAUGGUAUGGGAGUGAGAACUAUAGCUAAAGCCAGUCCCCGGAUCUGCCAGUUGGCUCAACCAAAAAAGUCAAGAAUGCCAUUGACUCCAGCAUUCAACAGCACUAAUAGCUGUUUGACACUUCUCCCACAAGCCAAGCCUUCUUCUCAUAUACACCUCCUGGCCAUUCCUAAAAAGGAGCAUCCUCAUUAUCGUCCAAACCAACCUGUGUCAUCGCACGUGCCAAGGUCCGUCCUGGAAGCUGUAGCCAGUGAGAGGCUGCAGGUGCUGGCCAUACCAAAGCCCCGCAAAACUCUUUUUGAGGGAUUCGAUCCCUAUAAAGUGAGCUUGGCUGCUCGUGUUGCUACUGCAUCCCCAAGAAUACAGGAACUGUCACAACCCCCAGCACGCAGGUGCAGGACAACAUCAGCCCAAGAUGAAUAAAGCAUAAACAUGUGUGAAAUAUCUAUGCAAUAAAUGUAUUAGCCGACAUUAGUUCUCUCUGUCAUGUUAAUCAAUGUCAAAGCAGUUAUUAUUAAAAGAACAAUAAAUGUAUGAAAUGUCUCC